AUGGACGAUCCUCCUAAAGAGGAGGAUUUCAACGCCAUCCCAGUGCUCGACAGACUAGGCCACAAGAACUGGAAGGCCCGAGUCAGCGCAUACGAGACUUUGGUCAAGACAUUCCAGACGACGGCAUCCGAUUCCGAUCCCGCUUUCAAGCCAUAUAUCAAUAAUCCGGACUUGUUGAAGAAGGCAGUCACGGACGCGAAUGCUGUGGCACAAGAAAAGGGUGUUGAGUGCGCAAUCGCCUUUGUCAAAUUCGCUGGUGAGAAUGCGGCACGGACAAGAGAGGUUAUCGUCCCUGCUUUGGUGGAUAAAUGUUUCGGAUCGGCGCGUGCAGGGACUAGGACACAGGCAAUCGAACUUGUCCUGCAGUUUGUGGAGGUUGAGAAUAAUGGUACAGGCGUGGUGGAUGGUAUUAUACCAGGUUUAGUGGCCAAGCAGCCUAAAGUUGUGGCAGGUUGUGUUACUGCUCUGAAGGAAAUGGUUCGGGUUUUCGGCACUUCUGUAAUACAACCGGCCCCCGUCCUCAAGACGUUGCCGAAGAUUUUUGCCCAUACUGAUAAGAACUAUAUUGGUUCUGGCAUCGAGCCUUGGUUGGCUGAUUUGAAGCCAGUUCAGGUAAAGGAACUGAAGGAGGCCUUCGAAGGGAUGGAAAAAGACGGGAAAGGGAAGGGGAGUGUGAGACCAGAGCGCACGACGCGGGCUGCCGCAAGGGAAGCAGAUUCCGAUGCUGCAAUGGGCGAUGCUAGCGAGAGCGUCGCUGCCGUUGAAGAAGCUCCACCAGAUCCGCGUAUGUUCGCAGAGGAGGUCAACAUCAUAGCGAAACUGCCGCAGAACCUUCAAUCAUCUCUUACCUCAUCAAAGUGGAAGGAGCGCAAAGAGGUGCUAGAUGAUCUACUCACUCUAUUAAAUGCCACACCUCGUAUCAAAGAGGCGCCUGAGCUUGGCGAUAUCGCCAAGUCCUUAGCCACUUGCGUGCAGAAGGAUGCGAAUAUAAAUUGUGUCAUGGUUGCGGCCGGUUGUAUAGAGGCGCUUUCCAAGGGAAUGAUGACCAAUUUCGGGAGGUACAGGGAGGGUGUCAUACCUCCCAUGAUAGAAAGGCUCAAGGAAAGAAAGACGAAUGUCACAGAUAUCAUAGGAAAUGCGUUAGAUGCUGUAUUCAUGACGACUACGUUGCCUGACGUAUUGUCGGAUAUCCUCCCGGCUCUGAAUUCGAAGAAUCCUCAAGUCAAAGAAGGCACGCUCAAAUUUUUCGCCCGAUGUCUUUCCUCUUCCACUAUUGCUGUACCUCCACAGCAGAUGAAAUCGGUUUCAGAGAGUCUGGCAGCUCUUCUCGAGGAUUCGUUUGAAGGAGCUCGCAACGAGGCCGCUAAUUGUCUCGGAACGUUGAUGAAGAUGGUGGGGGAGAGACCUUUGAAUGCUUUAAUGGAAGGUCUCGCGGAUGUCCGGAAGGCUAAAGUCAAGGAGGCGUACGAAAAAGCCACGAUCAAAGUUAGGGCUGGCGCUGGUGCCGCUCCGAAGGCUCCCCUGCCGGCGACAAAAGAGCCACCAAAGAAAGCAUCCACAGCCGUGAAGAAACCAGAAGCGUUGAAAACCGCGAGUUCAGUGACGGCUCAGAUUGAGGAGGAUCUUGAGGUAACUGAGAGUAAACCAUUGAAGAAGCCUCCAGCGCGACUGUUGGCCAAGAAAGCGCCUACUGCAGAUGCAAGUGCAUCGUCACCAGGAGGUUCCGCGCCGUCUACUACAGUUGCUCCCAAGAAGCCUCCGGGUCCAGCAGGUUCGAAGCCCGUGAAGGCUACACCACCAUCACAGCCAGGUGCAUUGGAUACAUUCAAGUUCAAACAUACGCCUGAAGAUGCGGAGGCCUUGGCAGCGGAGGUUAUACCAGGAAAUUACUUCACAGAUUUGGCAGAUUCGAACUGGAAGACUAGAUUAGCCGCUCUUGAAGAGAUGACAGGCUGGGUAGAAGGUGCUGCCCCUGGUCUGGAUGCGGAAGUGGUGGUCCGAUUCCUAGGCAAAAAAGGGUGGGGAGAGAAAAACUUUCAGGUAUCGGCCAAGCUGUACGGCAUCCUCAACAUUCUAGCCGAGCAUUGUCCAUCGUUUGGUAGAUCGUCGGUAGCACUUUGCAUUCCUCAUCUCAUCGAGAAAUUGGGAGAUCCGAAAUUAAAAAAGCCAGCUGGGGAGGUGCUUCUUAUGUUCGCGGAGAAGACUUCACUUCAAUUUGUAUUGGGUCAUGCAUACGACCCUCUUUUGAAGCAGAAGGCGCCUAAAGUCCUAGCGGAUGCCGUCACUUGGCUUGACCAAGCAUUAACUGAGUUCGGCAUCGCGGGACUGUCGUUGCGGAGUCUUAUUGAAUUCCUCAAGGGCGCAUUGAGGAACUCGAAUGCUGCUGUGCGUACCAGUGCGACUAGAACACUCGUAACGGUGAAGCUGUUUGCUGGAUCUUCUAUAAAGGAUCUCCUUGAGGACCUAAAUCCUCAACUUUUGAACACUAUAUAUACCGAGUUCGACAAAGUAGAGGCUACGGCAGCGCCGGAACCGUCGAGGACUUCGGCAGAUGUAGCUCAGGUUUUUGUCAGUGCACCAGGCAAAGGUGCUAAUGGUACAUCUGCUGACGCAUUGGACGACUUGUUCCCACGAGUCGAGCUCGACGGGUUGCUCAAAGGCACCACAAUCCUCACCGAUGCCAAAAGUGAUGCCUGGAAAACAAAGAAGGAAGGACUUGAAGCUUUGCAAUCUCUACUAGACCAGGGUGCAAAUAAACGGCUCAAACCCACUAUGGGCGAAAUAGGACAAGUUCUCAAAGCACGAGUGACAGAUACCAACAAGGUUGUGCAAGCCCUAGCAUUAGACAUCGUUGCCCGCGUUGCGACAGGAAUGGGAAGACCGUUUGAGAAAUACACACGGCUAUAUGCCCUUCCGGUCGCGACUGUGUUGUCGGAUCAAAAGGCACCCAUCCGCGCAGCAGCUUUACAAACUCUGACGGCAAUUGCAAAUGCAUGCGAAGUUGUGGAUUCAAUGGUCAGCGGCUUUGCCACAGCGUUGGAGUCAUCCAAUCCUUUGCAGAGAGCGUCUUUAUUGAACUGGCUUGCUGAUUGGUUCAAAGAACACGGCACGCACACUGGUCUGGAUAUAUCUAGCUGGGUUGGGCCCGUUCUUGCUUGCUUGGAUGAUCGCAACGGUGAUGUCAGGAAAGCUGCACAGAUGUUAUUGCCCACUCUUGUCGCGUCCGCUGGUUAUGAUUAUGUCAUGCAUCAGACUUCUUCGCUCAAAUCGGCGACAAAAGCAGCCAUCGUUCCGAUAAUACAAGCUGCGCGGGCAGCCACGCCUGGGCAAGUAGAACCGGGGCCGAGGGAUGCGUCUACUGCGCCAUCCAAGAUGCCAUCUGCCCCCAAAGGAACUAAUAGCAAGGGAGUGGCGCCGCCAUCUCCCCAUUCAACAGAUGAACUUCUACCCGAAGUAGCAUCAAAGGCUGCACCCUCAAAGCUAGCUGGCGUACGGCGUAGACUACCACAAGGUACUGCCACGGCUCGGCCCGAGUCACGAUCAGAAACGCCUGUUGAGGCUGGUUCAUCCCGGCUUCCAAGCAAACUCGGCACUGGGUUGAAGCGUCCCGGACCAGUCACUGGGCUUGCUAAGGUCGCACAACCAUCAGCUACACCUGAACCCCUUCCAUUCGUUGUUGGUAACAUGGAUGCCAAACGGGUGCGUCUGUCUAAGGACGCACAGAAAUGGAUCAAUGAAGCUGGCCCGACGAGGAAGGACCUUGCAGAGCUUCUUCAACAUCAGAUGGAGCCCCACGCCUCUAAAGAAGUACUCGCUCUCCUUUUCAGUCACGACCAUAAUGCCGUGAAUGAUCACGUCUCUGGCUUGAACGUACUGCAUGAAUUUUAUUCCGGAGUACAAGCGAGCGAUGGGAAACCAGGGUAUACGCUCGAAGAGCUGCAAGCAGUUGGUUUGGCAAAUUCUGAUCUAGCAUUGAAGUACACUUCUAUCAAAGUGCAUGAACCUCAAUCAAAUCUAGUCCAGAAGUGUCUUGAGGUCGUUGCAACAGUCCUAGCGUUCUUCCAGAGUGUAGAUUUCCAGCUUACAGACGCGGAGGCCCUGUGCUUCAUCCCAACGGUGGUAUACAAGCUUGGUGACGCGCGAGAGCCUGUGCGGACUCGUGUAUCGCAUAUUGUUCAAUCACUGUCCAAGGUUUAUGCUUUCAGCCGAGUAUUCCAGCUUCUCCUUGAAUAUGGACUAAAAUCGAAAGUGGCGAAGACUCGUCAAGGGACGUUGGACGAACUAGUUGGUUUGUUAAAACGAUUUGGAAUAGGUUCUUGUGAACCGGCUAAAGCUUUCCCAAUGGUCGCCGCUAUGAUCUCCGACAAAGACCCUCAAGUUAGGAAGUCUGCAUUGGGUGUUCUCAGUGAGGGUUAUAUUCUUGUCGGAGAUUCAAUUUGGUCAUACGUGGGACAUCUCUCUCCGAAGGAUAAGACACAGCUGGAGGAACGUCUGCGACGUGUGCCUGGUGUAGGUAGUCCUGAUAAAGGAGACGUUGCACCUGUCGCUACUCAUGCUUCCCGGUUAGCAAUGGGUAUCCCGAGGUCUGGGUCUCCUGCUCCAGGUCCCACUUCUAGAUUAGGUGGAAUUCCUCGAGCAGGGAGCCCGUCUGUCGCCGGUCCCUCGCGCAUCGGUCGACCCGUAUCACCGUCCCCCACAGUUCGACCUGCCUCCCCAGCGCCUUCGCAUGGUGCUCGACCAACGUCUCCGGCUAGGACUGCUAGGGUCGCAGGUGUAUCACAGCUGCCUGGCCCAUCGUCUCCUACUGGAAUCGGUCGUCCAAAAAGCCUUCUGCCUUCCAAGCUAGGACCACCCCGAUCUCGUUUGAACGACCUCCAGCAUGUUCACCCCAUUCCGUUGUCGUCGAUAGCUGAUGGGACUGGUCCCACUUUGGCAUCUCAUCAAGUCAACGGCAGUGAUCGUUUCUUGAUACAUCCAGAUGCUAUGGAAGAGCCCGAGUCUUCACGUGCGGCAGGCGAUAUUACAGUUGUGAUUUCAAGCAUUCUCAGCAAUGAUUCAUCACGCAGCGUCGAUGCCCUUAAAAAGAUUCAAAAAGUGCUAGAAGUCGGUCCUGAAGUGGGACCGUCGUCUCCCGCCUACCAAGAGCUUGCUGAACACACUGAAGGCCUUGUUGAAACCAUCACGCUUCAGAUGGCUCACGUUUUCGAGAGACUAGACGAGAUCACUAUACCCGAGAACUUCCGUUUGGCCAAGCAUCUCAUCCAAACUCUGAACGCUUUCUGCGAUCAUGUAUUCCUUGCGGAGUCUUUGACAGUUGACAUUUUAACGUCGUUGCUUGAAGAAUUGACUCUGCGUCUUCUUCAAACGGACAACAGCUCAGACAAUAAAGUAAAAGAUUUAUCAAGGUUCAUUAACAUGAUCAUCCUGCGAUUGUUCGCCACGGGUCGGCGGAUGUCUAUUUUCCGCGCCCUGUUCGCCUUGUUAUUGCAGAUCGUUAAACCAUUCCCGGCCAAUGGGACGUCGCAUGAGUCGCAGGAGGCGAAAGUUGCCGAAUUGAUACUCAAGUGUGUCUGGAAGUUGGCGAGGAACAUCCCACAAGACCUUGAGAACCAGCUUCUGGACCCUGUGGAACUCUUUCCUGCCGUCGAGCAUUUUUUGCAAACAGUACCGCCGAACGAAUGGCGUGCAAGGGCCACGAAUAAAGUUCCAUGUGGUGACAUGCCACUCAGAACCAUCAAGGUGAUUAUUCAACAUGUAGUAGCACAUCAUGGCGAUGAGGUUUAUGAUCUGCUCUCCGCAUCUUUUGACGAUCCCUCCGCAACUAUCGUCUACCCAUACGUAUACCGAAUUCUUAACUCAUCAACGCGAACAGCCGCAGACGUCCCUGUGCGAGGUAAUGGAUCGGCACGAGAGGAGGGUACCCGGCAAUCAUCCCCUGCUUUCAGUCGGCCGAUUUCUCCUCAGGGAACGUCAUCUUCUGCAACGUCAGAUCGUCGACCUCAAUCAUCGUCAAGUCAUGCUAGAAGCCAGAGCGUGUCAUCAACAAAUGGUCACGGUCCGGGCAUGUCCAUGCCCACAGAAGAGCCUGAUCCUGACGAUCAGCUGAACGUCAUAAUUCAGCAUAUCUCGAGCGAGACCACCGGAGCAAUGCAUAAAGAAGGCAUCACAGAACUGCAUCAAUACUUGAAGGCCUACCCGCACAAGAAAUCAAAGGUAGACAAGAUGCUGGAAUCGACAGGUCCCGCUUUCCGGAAAUACAUCACGAGGGCGCUGGCAAGUCGAGCCGCGGAAGAUGAGGAGCGAACAGUCGCAGUUGCCAAUACGCUUUCCAAAUUAGAAUCUAAUGGCCGUGAACGGACCACGAGUUUCAGUCCGGUCGUGGACACGAAUCAUACUGUCCCUAUUUCGCCUACCCGAGGAGAGCUGUCACCGCGCUCACCACCACGAUCUAGCGCCUCCGACUUGCCAGAAGGUCAACAAGAGAAGCUAUCCCGAUUGCACGACCUCUUUCAAUAUCGGUCGAGCAUCAUAAGUAAUAGCUCGUCACACGGACGGUCGACCUCGUCAACGCUGGCACGAGCCAAAAGCAUGAAGAGAAAAGCCAUAGGGUUCUUUGCUAGCAUGAUGUCAAGCAUACCCGUCGUUCGCGCUGCAGAUGAUGCCAAAUCUGGUACAGGACAAAUAUCCUUGUCGGACGAUGAUGCUUGUUUGGUUAUUGGUCACGGAACUAAAUUCCUCGAAGAAUUUUCACCGAAAAUGCAAAUUAUGCUACCAAAUUCUGUCAAUUCGGCUGUCGCCGAAGUUGUUGAAGUGCUUUCGGAUACGCAACUACGGAUUAAGAAGGAAUUUGGUGGUGACAGCGGCAAGGGCACUGCACGCAUCCGUGAAAAACUCAAGGAGCUUCGGUCUGGAGGCAAAUCAGGCCUGGACUUCAAGAAAAUGCCUCAUGUUGAUCAACAGGAAAUGUACCAUUAUGUCUACAAAUGUCUUACGGAAGCGGGUUGUAUUGGUAUUUUCCCGGAGGGAGGCAGUCACGACCGUACCGAUCUUCUUCCUCUAAAAGCCGGCGUAUCGCUUAUGGCAUUGGGGGCAAUGGCAAAUGACCCUAAUGUCAAGGUAAAAAUUGUACCCGUAGGAUUGUCCUACUUCCAUCCACAUCGGUUCCGUUCUCGUGCAGUCGUUGAGUUUGGCACUGCCCUUGAUGUGCCUGAAGACCUUUUACAAAUGUUCAAAGAGGGUGGAGCGCAAAAACGACAGGCCGUCGGCAAAUUGUUGGAUUACAUCUACGAUGCGCUGAAGACUGUCACUAUAAGGGCGCCGGAUUAUGACGUACUGAUGCUGUGUCAAGCGGCGCGACGAUUGUACAAGACACCCGGGCAGCACCUCACUCUAGGUCAAGUAGUUGAACUGAACCGCCGAUUUCUCGAAGGAUAUCUGCACUUCAAGGACGAGCCAAAAGUAAGAAAGCUUCGUGCAGAUGUGCUCAAGUACAAUCGCAUGGUACGGGACCUUGGUUUGCGUGAUCAUCAAGUUCCUCACGCUCAGAAAGCAAGCUGGAAAACGCUCGGCCUUUUAGCCUAUAGACUAGGCUUGUUGAUAGUAUGGACGAUACUAGCCCUUCCGGGCGUAAUUCUCAAUGGUCCCAUCUUUCUCGCCGCAUCUAUCAUUUCACGGCAAAAGGCAAAAGAGGCUCUAGCUGCGUCCACGGUGAAAUUGGCCGGAAGAGACGUAUUGGCCACAUGGAAGAUACUCAUCUCCCUUGGUUUUACCCCCAUUCUUUGUAUCUUCUACGCAUUUCUUGCUACCGUCGUUUCCAUCAGGGCCAAUGUGCCUCUCGCGUGGAAGAUUUGGACACCAAUCUUGGUCAUAUUGACUCUUCCAUUCGUCGGAUACGCUGCGUUGAAGUUCGGCGAAGCCGGAAUGGACGUUCUCAAAUCUCUAAGACCUUUGGUAGUUACGCUGGCGCCAGGCCAGUCGCGUUCGCUAGACCAGCUCAAAGCAAUGCGCGCGAAGGUCUCGAAUGAACUUGCGGAGGUGAUUAACGAGUUUGGACCCAAGCUAUACGAUGACUUCGACCAGCGUCGAAUACUAGUGCCUUCCGCUAGUGUUCCCCCGUCAUCGGGUCAGCCUGGAAUUUGGCGACGUAAAAGCGGCACAGGUGGUAUCGACGCACAAGGAAAUUUAUUAGUACAUCCGAUGACGUGGCUAGACGAACGUUUGUUUGGUUGGAGCCGUAGUGCAUCGCGAGGAACCAGUGCGUGGUCAGGAUCACGUAGCCAGGACGUCAGCAGAGCAGUUACCCCGGAGGCAUCUGACGAUGAGGGCGACUAUGACAAUGUGCUGGGGUAUCUCGAAGGUCCCAGUACGUCGUCUCGAAGCCGCCCUCGGAGCCAGCAAAGUUCGUACGCAAAUCUGCAGAAACUUCGAAGUGGUGCUAGUUCCCUCCCUUCUCUCGCGAUGACAAGUGGCGCAGAAGCAACAGAUACAGAAGGUCUGCAAUUCCGUGCACGCACCGGAUCGCGAUCCAGGAGAGCUAGCCUGAAGGAUACUGUUCCUGUCACGCGACUGAGCGAAUUGGAUAGACAAGAAAACUUCAGGGAUGCCACCGAAAAUCUCAAUCAUGAGAUUGAGGAAAACCGGGACCACGAUGAUCACUAG